AUGAUUGAAGCUGACCGAGAGCUAUCAGCCAUGGUGCAGGAUAUAUGGGAUAAAGAUGUCAACAGACUGAAACCAGGGACAGACUACCGGAUCUCUCUGCAGGGGAAAGCUGGGCUUGUGAAUGCUGACAUGAAUGAUGACAUGAAUGAUGACAAUGAUGGAGCCGGAUAUCCUCUGUUCUCAUUUGUCGAUGAACGCAUUUUCAAAAAGGAGUCUUUCUUAGCCUUUAUCUCUCUACUGGAUAACUAUGAAAGUGAUACGGGUGAGCCUGAGAUUGUAACCCCAGAGGAGGAAGCAGAAAACCACAAGUUUCUGGACUGCAUGCUUCGAACGCCCACCAUGAAGAUUGCACAUAAGUACCUAGUAGAGAAACAGCUCUCCCCAGAGGGAUUACCGGAAUUCAAGAAGCAGCUCUACCGUAUCUGGUUUGAGCUGUACGCCAGACGAGGAGCUAGCAAGCCAGACUCCUCAGGGUUUGAGCAUGUCUUUGUCGGAGAGACCAGAGGGGGCCGCACAGUCAUCGGCUUUCAUAACUGGAUUCAGUUGUAUUUGCAAGAAAAGCUGGGACACAUUGAUUACAAAGGCUACAGUGUGAACGCAAAUUCCCCCCAGCCUGACGAGAACAAGCAUAUCCUGGCACUACAGUUCAGUUGGAAGAAUGGAAUUAAACCCAAAGGCAGCAUCUUCGUUGGUGUCAGUCCUGAAUUUGAGUUUGCCCUUUAUACCCUGUGUUUCCUGGUCUCACCCAAUGAGCGUGUCAAAGUGUUCUUCAGUAUCUAUGAGGUGGAUAUUGUCUGUCACCACUACAACCAGAAGCAUAUUGGCACAACUUACCCUGUUCUUGUGAAAUAUCAAAAUGAACCAAAAAAACAAUAA